AUGUCUGCGAUGCUCAAAUCGACUCGUAUGCUCCCUAGCGCUCGCAUUGCGCCUCGCUUCUACGGAAUUCGUGCCUACAGCGCCCCGACGCCGCCGCCGCCGAACGAGCGCAAGAGCACGCCGCUGGAGGAGACGGCCAAGACCGACAAGGCCGGCACCAGCGGCCCUAUCAUCACGGUGACGCUUCUCGGCCUUCUUGUCGGUGGUCUCUACAUGUUUAGCGACGACCUGAAGUCGUACCUGUCCGGCGGCACGGCCGCCGCUGACAAGUCCGUCAUCGCCGAGCAGAAGAACGGCAAGAUGGUGAGCCCAUUCGGUGGCAAGAAAGAGUAG